AUGGGUGGAGCCCAGGCGAUGAAGAGAAUCCCUCGCAUCAAGUUUCCUCAGAGACAUCCCAAACCAUCUGGUUCCGAAUCUCGUGUUCAAGCAGAACCUUUGGCUAGUGAUGCUUCUCAUACUUUCUUCUCCGGUUCAAAGGCCUCAACCACCACCACCUUAGGAGGAAAAGCUUCUCUUCAACCCGAACGAACACCACUGUCCAAAGAGGAGAUUGAGGCCAUUUUGCCUUAA